UACGGGAAGACCCCAAAAAUUGGUCGGUCGGACCGUACGCAUUGCCCAACGAGAAGAAUCCGUGCCGAAUUUAGGGCGUGGUACAUACAGGUCCAACUCCGUCCGAAUCUCCAGCACACUGUACCACGCGGUUAUCUUACUGCAGUACGCCAAAACCGUUUUGACAACCACUCUAUCACUCUGGCCGUCCGAACUUUCAGAAGUUCGGAACUCUAUGUACACCCUUACGCAGGCUCGGAGCCUUCAGGCUCAGAGUCCGAAUCCCGGGCUUCCUGCUUUCGGUUCGGCAUUAUUGGUGUUUGUUGGGCUUCCUGCUUGUAGAAGAGUCCGAGUCCGUGCUUCUAUGCUCCUACCGAAGCUGGCAGUGCAAGCUCGAGCUGAACAGAUUGAGCUUAGCUCCGAAGUAGUGCUGCUACUACUCGCGUUGUCCUCUCUCUCUCUCGCUCUGAAACUCGAGUUUUCUGAAAGCCCCGACAUCCGACCAUCUCAGACAUCUCAGACACAUCUCAGACACAUCUCCGGACACAUCUCAGACACAUCUGAGACACAUCUCAAACACGUCUCAAACACAUCUCAGACACAUCUCAGACACAUCUCAAACACAUCUCAGACACAUCUGAGACAUGAUCUGAGACGUCUGGGCCCCUGCAACGGCGGCAAUGCUGACGGCGCAGCGCUGCUGGCUGCAGCAAUGUGGCGCGGCGCAUGGUUCCUGCACACUGCAGCACCGCCGCCGCCGGCGCGUGGCGCGUGACCGGCGCUGGGCGCAGGCGCGCACCGGCCUCCCCACGCAACUUGCCGCAUGGCGCACAUGGUGGCUCGCCGCCGGUCUUCUCACCGCCGGCCUUCUCGCACCCCUCCGAGACGUGAUGGUCAACGCGGCCGCAGCAGUAUCGAUGGAGGCGACGCAAGUGCAAUUUCUGGCGGACUGCCAGACGGCCUGGAGGAAGACGCUGCCCGGGUGGAGUGGGCCUGAUCCCAACUGCAGCAGAGCGGAGGGCGUCACGUGCGACAAGAGCGGCAUGAUCAUGAGCCUGGCUCUUGAUGGCAGAAAGCUAGGAGGGCGCAUACCAGCCUCCAUCAGCAACCUCAGGAGCCUUAGCGCGCUCUCACUGCCACGGAACAACCUCACAGGGCCAAUUCCCGCCUCCAUGGGGAGUCUGGCGCGACUUACAUUCAUCGAUCUUGCAGAGAACCAGCUUUCAGGCACCAUCCCCGCCAGCUUCAGUGCUCUCACCCAGCUCAAUUAUCUAGACCUGUACAAUAACCAGCUCAGUGGCUCUAUUCCUGCUCGGAUCGAUGCUCUCACAAGUCUGCAAUUUCUGGCGCUGCCGCAGAAUCGCCUCAUAGGGCCCAUUCCCAAGUCCAUUGGGAGCCUUGCUCAGCUCACUCUGAUAAAUCUCGCAAUUAACAAACUUUCAGGCAGCAUCCCUGACAGCUUCACUGCACUCAGCCAGUUGAAGAACCUGUAUAUGUAUUACAAUCAGCUCAGCGGCACCAUUCCCACUGGCAUUUGCUCGCUGACAAAUCUCGAGGAUAUGAAAUUGGAUUACAAUCAGCUCACCGGGCCUAUUCCUGAUGAGAUUGGGAGGCUCUCGUUCCUCGUCGACCUAGGCCUCAGUGGGAAUUUCUUACGCGGGUCUAUUCCCUCCAGCAUUGGCAGCAUGCGCAGCCUGAAGAACCUGUACCUUGAUGAGAAUAAUCUCUCUGGGCCCAUCCCUCCAUCCAUUGGAGGCAUCUUCUACUUGCAAACUCUCUUUAUCAGCAACAACACCAACCUCACAUGCCCGGCCGACCAGACUAGCUGUGUCCAGAAGCAGAGCUCUGUCACAGCCUUCUGCCAAACGUGUGCUACCUUCUGCGCAACCUGUUUCCAGCCAGCUGCGCAACCACCACCACCGCCUCCAUCGCCACCACCAGCUGGGAGUCCAAACACCACCACCCAGAAUAACGGCAGCCAGCAAACCCCAAGCAGCAGUACGACCAGCAGCAUCGGCCAGUUCUCCCCUCCAGCGCCUGAUGGGGGUGGUGGCAUGCCACUGACCGGCAUCAUUGGCAUUGCUGUUGCUUCCGUCGUCUUGCUCCUGCUGCUGCUGGCUGCCGUGCUGCUCUACUCCCGGCACAGGAGGCAGCAGGGGCAUGCAGACAAGCCGGGCCGCAUUGCACCCUCAGGCAGCGUGGCAUCCUCAACCUGCACCGAGUUCUCUCUCGCUGAAGUGGUGGCAGCCACCAACAACUGGUCUGAGGACAACCAGCUUGGCUCGGGGGCCUUUGGCGACGUGUACAAGGGCGUGUCUCCCCGCGAUGGCACCACGGAGUGGGCUGUGAAGCGCGCCAAGCUCAUAGACGUCCAAUUCCAGAGGGAGGUCAUGCAGAUGGCUGACAAGAACCAUCCCAACAUUGUGCGCCUGCUGGGGUUUGCGGUGGGGGGGGACAUGUGGACGCGGCCAGAGCAAGUCAUGGUCUACGAGUUCGUGCCCAAUGGCGACCUUGAGAAGUGGCUGGACCCCAAAAGGGCGCCCUUCCCUCUGUCUCUGGUGCAGCGGCUGGGCAUUCUCAUUGGUGCGGCACGUGGCUUGGAGUACCUGCACAGCUUUAGCUUUGUGCAUCGCGACAUCAAGCCAGCCAACAUUCUCAUCACUGCUGACAUGCAGGCCAAAAUUGCUGAUUUUGGACUGGUGAGGGAGGGAGAAGGCACGACAGUGGGCUCUACUAGAGUGAUGGGAACACCGGGCUAUGUGGAUCCUAUAUACACCAAGACAUCAAAGGCAACCACUGCCACUGAUGUUUACAGCUUCGGCGUGCUCAUGCUUGUAGUCCUCACAGGACGCACUCCAUGUGUUGAGUCUGACAGCGAGAGCAGGCACAUCCUACCGUGGGUGGCGGCGAGCCUGUCCACAGGAUCUGUGGCCCACCUCAAGGAUUCCAGCAUGGAAGCCCCAGAGGAUGUGCUGCUGCACCUGGCAGAGCUGGCAGUGGGCUGCACUGCAGAACGCACGGCCAGCCGGCCCGGCAUGGCUGACAUUGCCAACAAGCUGCAGGCCGUCAGGAAUGCCGUGGCGGGGAGGGAGGAGCUGAGCGCAGCCGUCAAGGUGGAUGUGGAGGUUCGGGAGAGGAAAAAUCUUGAGAGAGUGAGAAGCCUGAAUUCAGAUCUAGAAAUUAUUGGCUACAUCGUCUGAAAAUUGUUACAGUAUGACUUGUUACUUGAGGUCGCCUUUAGGAGUCUGUCAGGAAUGCCGUGGCGGGGAGGGAGGAGCUGAGCGCAGCGGUGGUGGUGGAUGUGGAGCUUCGGGAGAAGGAAAGCGACGUGCAAUGCUUGGAAGCAGGGCCUCAGAUUGCAGGCUUUUUACCCUGAUUCAGAGUACAAUCAGGGUUUUUUUGGGGGAUGACCCUGAUGAGUCAGGUUUUUUUAGGACAGAGGCCUGAAAUUUCAGGGUUUUUUUAGAGUGAACUCUGAUCGAUCAGCGGGCCUAGUGUAGUGUGGCCUGUUUUUCCAGCGUCGUAUCGGGGCCCGACCCUGAUUCUUGUAAUAGCGGAUUCCUAGCCCCACCCCCCCACCCCGUGAUUUCUGUGAAUCCCCCCCCACCCUCCCCGUCAAUCACGC